UUUACAAUCCAUUUUUCCUCUUUCUGGAGACGGUUGGUAUCGCGAGAUUUCGCCGCGUCCUGGUUGCUGCAGCAACAGCGACGCUCGUUCCUACCCCGGGCCGGGGCAUACGGCCGGGCUCUAGUUGCUUCGGGAAGCAUCGGCGACAUCCUAGAAUUGAGGUAAACACGUUUGGCUUCUUAAAGGAGAUGGCUGACCCAGCAAAGGAAGGAAAUGACCUGGAUAUAGCAGAUGCUGAGAAGCAAAGUACAGAGAACACCUCUGAAACGAAACAAACAGAUUCUAUAGGCACUGAAGAAGAGCAGAUAGGGGUAGCAGAGUUGGAUGAAGCUACUUUGCCUAUAAAAGAGGAACAAGCCUCAGAUGUGGCAACUGGUGAAUCAGAUGCCACCAAGGAAUUGGUGGAGGAACGGAAGACUGCUGAGGAACAGGCCACUGCUGAAGAAGCAGUGCAGGAUCCAGAUGCUGCUGAGAAAUCAGUUGAUGGCCUUGCCACUGCUGAGGAACCAGCCCAAGGACCUGAUGGUACCCAGGAGCCAACCCCUGUUAGGGAUCUGGCUCAAAGCCCAGCUGCUGAUGAGGAACAAGUUCAGGGACUGACUGUUGCCAAGGAACUUCUGGAGGCGUUCAAUGCAGGGCAAAAAGAAGAAGAAGAAUCCCAUACAGAAACCCAAGAUGGAAUCCCAGAGGUUCAGAAAGAUAUUUCACAGGUCGAAGAACCUGCUGUUGAAAUUAAGCCAACUGAAGAUGGCACAGGUGCCCCGAUAAUUGAAACAACCCCAGAUGCUGCUGAAAGUGUUUCAGAAAAACAUCUUCACUUUGCAGCAUAUGGCUUAAUGGAAAAUUUGGCAAGUCAGAAAACAGAGUUUCCAGAAAUUAUAAGAGACCCUACUGUAACAGUUAAAUUCAUGCUGCAUCCUGACAUCCAGAUUUUCACUAAGGAUUUUGCCAUUAACCGAACUGUGGAGCAUAUCAAACAAUACUUUGUAACACGACUAAAAAUACCACUGAACUUUUUACAGAUUAUGUUGCUAGGGAGAAUAAUCGAAAAUGAUGAAACCCUGUGGAGGCUCGGGGCUCGGCCUAAUGGCACUAUCCAAGUUGAUUUGUUUUCUCUUGAUGAAGACAACUUUCCAAUUCAGGCACAUAAACUCCUACAUGAAUUCUACAUGGCUGAUGUUAUAACUGUUAGAGUACAAACAGAUUCAGACACAGUUCAGGAGGUAGAUGUUGAGAUCAAACGACCAACUUUUCAGAAACCAUUUCUGGGUGGCUUUAGACAUAAGCUAACUGGCACAGAGUACCAUAAUGCAGGAUCUCAGACAGAUCCCAAAAAACAUCCAGAUAAAGGAUAUGAAGAAUUCUGUAGGUCAACACAGACAGUUGUUGAGAAGAGACGGCUACAGCAGACCAGAAAUACAACUUCCACCCAGAUGACUAAAAUUGGUGUCUAUGUAUCAAAUAUUACUGAUAAACUUAUAGAACCAAAGGAAUAUGUGACAGCUGAAGAAUACCAUGCAAAACGACUUAAGGCUACAGUUGUAAUACAAACCUAUCACCGGCGAUGGCUAGCUAAGAAUAUAGUUAAAAAACUAAAAGAAGAACUGAGGUUGAGACUAGAAUGGGAGGCAGAAGAAGAGCGAAGAAAAGAAAGAGAGCAAGCAAAAAGACUGCUAAGGGAAUAUAAUCGAAGGAUGUACCCGAUAACAAAGGAUGACUUUGAAUUACUCUAUCAUGCUUUAGAAUUAUGGAGGCAAGAGGAGCUUGAGCGCAUCAACAGCACUUUCACUGGAGCUGAACGGAAGGCAGCUCUCUAUGCGCUUUUAGAAAAAGAGGCCCAGCUGAUUGCUUCCAUUGGGAGACACAAAAUACAUGCAGAUGAAGAGAACCAGCAAAAAGCAAUCCUGUCCUUUCUGGAAAAGUGUGCGGCACCCAAAAAAUGGAAAGCGUUUGAUGGCAAAAUAACAGAAAUGGAUACCCAGUUCACACUGCGUGCCAGGGAAUUGCUUGAAAUCUACCGCAGUAUUAGUAUGAAAGACCUUCCUCAAGAUGAACGGCUGGAUGUAUUGCUCACGCUGAAGCAUACAGUGAAGGAACAUGAGUGCAAACUCACACAAGAAAUAGUAGAAUUAAUUGACAGAGAAGCAGACCUCAUGAUGCGGGCAGUGAAGGAAUGUAAUUUACAAGGACUUCGACAAAGAAUAUGUACUUUAUUUCUUCAGUAUAUUAAAACGCCACUUUUUAACCCAGAGGUUGCCAGACUUCUCAAGGUCCCACCAGAUCCAAUGAAGUUGUAUCAAAACAUCUAUUUUUGCCUUGGAUGCAAAAGGUAUCUGCCUUCAACGGAUUUUGCCAUAUCUGCUAGUUCUCACACAGUUGGCCGAUGUUGCAUGUGUUGCAAGUUGGAUAAUGAGGCUCGAAAGCGGGAAGCUUUUUUGAAGUACAAGCGCAUGCUCCGAAAUCUGCAAGAAUCUGAAGUGAAUUAUGAUGACGGUGCCAAGAUUGCUUUUGUAAUACAGCAACAAGACCUUCACUACAUGGUUGAAAAUUUCUGGGGUUCUCAGUCAGCUCUUAGCGCCUGGGAUGAUCUCUAUGAUCUGGUCAUGGUCAGGUGGAAUAAGCAUCAGGAGUGGUCUCCCUGGAACUGUAUUCUCCUCAGAAAGGAUGAAGCUGAGGUUCAUCUCAAACUGAAAGAUCUUGAAAAGGCUUAUGAAAAGGUGUUUAUUCAUAGGAUAAAACACAAGCAUAUCCUUGCAAGGAACUAUUUUUCUCAGUUUCCAGAGCUAGUAGCAGCUUUGCAUAAAGACGACAAGCAGACCAAUACAGAUGAUCUUUUGGUAACAAAGGCUUUAACACCUGGUCCGUCAAAUCAACCCUUUCAGAAGAGUGUCCACUCAUCUGCUACUUGAAGAAACAAUCUAUCUUUGAUUGUUUGGCUUUUCAUUUUGAAAAUUAAACCUAUUUGGCAUGCAACCUUUAUUUAAAAAUUAUUUU